AUGAGUUCGAACGGUGGGCUUCACUCCCUCAAAGAAUUUUUGGCUAAGAGUCUAGAUCGGCUCUACUGUGAAUAUAAGAAAAAGUUAACUUCAUUUACGCCGAUAGACUAUAGUUUUGAUAAUUAUUCCGGUGUUUGGAAAAGUUUAAAUUUCUCUUUGUUCCAUUAUUGUCAGAAAGAGAAGUACGCAAGGAAGGUAAUACUCUUAUACGUUUUUAGUUCCACUUUAGACUAUCUCUCCGUCCCUAUUAUUGACGAAAAGCUUUUUCACUGGAUCAUAUACACAUUAUACUCCCUUUUCACCACGCAAAUUUGUUCUCCUAAAGCUUUUAUAGAAUUGAAUCUUAUCCAAUGGAAGAAAUUGUGUUUUCAUUAUGAGGAAUUAAAAAAGAAACCCGAAGUCCGGCAGACAAAGUUGAAACAUUCUCCAGAUACCUACAAAAUUUUAAAGGAUCCCGAUCUUUUAGAAGAUAUUGUGAGCGGCUCUGACCUGACAAAACUCGGGGAAUCUCUAACGAAGUAUCACCAUGCAAAAGAAGCAGCUCUGACGAAAAAGCAACUUGAGGACCACUCUUAUAUUGAUCUCCAAUAUGUUUUUAAUAUUCGAGAAUUUCAAAAUUCUUUUUAUAAAAAGUUCGGGAGUCAUAUCAACUCUUUGAGAGAUUAUUUGAAUAACAACCAAGAAGUCACAGAAGCGACUGGAAGCCUUCCUCGUGCUUCGGACGACUCUCCGCCUACUGCCUUACUGACGAAAAGCCACGGGACCGACGGCGACAUGCCGGACUUUGACGUCUCUCCUCUGGAGAACGACAGCGAAGGAGAUCUAGAACACUUGGGCUUGUCGUCCGACUGCGAAACUAUCGAAUAAUUUGAAGGCCCAUAACAACAAUGCACAAAAGAGAACCCUCUGUGCGUUACUAUAAGGAGUUUAUUUGCAUUGUAUAA